CGUCUUCUUCUUCCCCUCUGCUGCCCCUCCAAUAAUUCGCCUAUCUGGGGAACCCCAGCUGGGAGAGCCCUCUCCAUCCAGAGCUCCGGCAGGCUGGGUUCUUCCCAUAUCUCUCUUCCUCUCCCUCUCCAUUACUAUCCUUGCGUGCCUGCAAGAUCGGCCAGAGCUUGAGGAUGGGGCGGGGCAAGAUACUCAUCCGCCGGAUCGACAACUCCACGAGCCGGCAGGUCACGUUCUCCAAACGGCGGAACGGGAUCUUCAAGAAGGCAAGGGAGCUCGCCAUCCUCUGCGACGCGGAGGUCGGACUUGUCAUCUUCUCCAGCACCGGCCGCCUCUACGAAUACGCCAGCACCAGCAUGAAGUCAGUAAUUGAUCGAUACGGCAGAGCAAAGGAGGAGGAGCAGCUUGUGGCAAACCCCAAUACAGAGCUUAAGUUCUGGCAAAGGGAGGCAGCAAGCUUGAGACAACAACUGCACAACUUGCAAGAAAAUCAUCGGCAGUUGAUGGGACAGGAUCUUUCUGGACGGGGUGUUAAGGAACUUCAAAAUCUAGAAAAUCGGCUAGAAAUGAGCCUCCGUUGCAUCCGGACGAAAAAGGACCAACUCUUGGUUGAUGAAAUUCACGAACUGAAUCGGAAGGGAAGUCUCAUUCAACAAGAUAAUAUGGAAUUAUACAAAAAGGUCAACCUGAUUCGUCAGGAAAAUGUUGAAUUAUACAAAAAGCUCUACGAGAAAGAAGCAACAGGUGAAGUCAACCGUGAUUCAACAACACCAUACAAUUUUGCAGUUGUCGAGAAUGACAAUACUCCUAUUCAUCUUGAGCUUAAUACUCCUCCACAAGAAAAUAAUGUUGAGCAACCAUCACCUCCUAAAUUAGGGUUACAACUAAGUCCAUGAAGACAUGCUGUGUAACAUCGCUUAUGUUCUCAUUGUCCUCGAAGACUGCAACUCAAAGCAACUAGAACUGAUUUGGUUGUUAAUGGGACUAAGCACAUAGCAACAAAGAUAAAGUAUGCAUGCCAAGGACGAUUGGCAAUGGUAGUGUAUAUUUGUCUUAAUAAGAUGCAUUUUGUUGAAGAAUGCAGCAAAUGGUUUGUCUUAUAACUAUUUUGCACAUUGUGAAAGUUCGUUCGUCCAACAUGAGCAUAUGGCAGUUACAUAGUUCCAUAUGAACUUGUUGACAAAAGAGAUAUAAAUUGUGUAUCUCGAAAGUUGAAAUGUUGCCUUUAGUGUCCUAAAUUGAAAGUUGUGUAUGUCAGAAGACCAGAAUGUCGCCACUCCAUUUUAUCCAUGUAGUCAUUUCGGGAUAAACAUGUACCUAAAAAGGAUCGACAUAAAUAUGGAUGUUUACUGA